AUGAUUAAGCUCUUUCCGACAUUUUUCCAUGCCUCCAUGGUGGUAUGCAUGAACGUCCUGGCAGAUGCUCUCAAGGGCAGCAACAAUGCCAGUAAGAGAGGCAAACACCAGGUUCUUCUUAGGCUCUGCUCCAAAGUCAUCCUCUGGUUUCUAACUGUGAUGAUGAAGCGUGUUUACAUUGGUGAAUUUGAAAUGACUGAUGAUCACAGACACGGGAAGACUGCUGUGACCCUGACGGGCAGGCUAAACACGCGUGGAGUGACCAGCCCCAGACGUGAUGCACAACUCAAAGAUCUAGAAAAAUGGCAGGAUGAUCUGCUCCCGCCCUGCCAAUUUGGUUUCAAUGCACCAACAACCUUAGCUGGCAUCGUGGACCAUGAAGGAGCAAGGCGAAAACACACAGGAGGGAAAACCCCAGGAUUCCUUUUCUAGGGAGGUAAUGCACACAU